GGCUGCCGAUCGAGUCGAGGUCCCGCCUGUGUCUGAGCUGUCGGCUGUUGUGCAUCAUCGUCCGUUGAAGAGUGGUACAAGACGAAGGAGAGAUGACCGCUUGAGGAGCCUUGAUCGAGAUGUGUCGCAAAGCGAUGAUGGAAGCCCUAGGAGCAUCCCCAAGUGGGUGCUGUACGUGCCCAUGGUGGCCUCUGCAGUGUUUCUCUUCGUUUUCAUCGCGACCAAGCGCGCUGCUGGCUUCCACGAUGGCACCCCGGUGGGCGGCGCCGCCCACCGUAGCGCUGUCAUUCAGCCAGUUCUCGAGGAGAUACCGCACGUCGAGGUCCACCUGACCGAUCGCAUCUACAGCGGCCGCGUCAUUGCCGUGGGGAACCGCAAGCUGCACGCCUUCUUCGGCAUCCCGUACGCCGAACCGCCCCUGGGUGGCUUGCGAUUCCGCAAGCCCGUUCCGCUGAGACCACAACGCACCAAGCACGACCCCCUGGGACCGCUCAUUAUGGUACGUCAGAAGCGGUUUCCGUGCCCGCAGAACCAGCCCUGGAACCCGCCCAGAGUGCAGUCCCUGGACGUCAACAUCAGCGAGGACUGUCUGCACCUGAACGUCUGGGCUCCUGCGGACAGCUCCCGGGAACGCGCGGUCAUACUCUUCAUUCAUGGCGGCGACUUCCAGAGAGGCGGCAACGACGAGGUCAUCAAUGACGGCACCCUGCUGAGUGCUGAAGGCGACGUGGUUGUGGUCGUGCCCAACUACCGACUGAAUGCCUUCGGCUUCCUCAACGGCCACGUCGCCAACGCGCCGGGCAACGUGGGUCUCCACGACGUGAUUCUGGCCCUGCGCUGGGUGUACAAGAACAUCGCGCGCUUCGGCGGAAAUCCGGACAACAUAACGCUCGCCGGCCGGGACGCCGGUGCCGUGCUGGCUGGUUACAUCAUGAUCUCCCCGCUCACGCAGGGUUUAGUGAGACGGUACAUCCUCCUGGGCGGGUCUCCCUUCUGGAACCUACCGGACAACCGAGGCACCAGGAGCGUCGAGAACGUCAAGCUGCUCGCGAGCCGCCUCAAGUGCGACCGGGGCGAGGACGUGUUCGACGCCGUCCAGUGUCUCUCCAAGGUCGACAUCUAUGACUACGUCGACAUGGAGGAUCUAUCGCAGUUCGCGAUGUACCCGAGCGACCAGGACGACGCGCUGCCCUUCGCCAUCCCUGCCGGUCUCAGGUCGGCGCCGUACGGCGCCGAAGACGUGCUUCUGGGCAACGAGUUGUUUGUGGGCGAGUCUAUGGUCGCACCUUUUCUCACCAUGCCCCUCGACGGCGUCCUAAACAGGAGUCUGCGAUCUUUCGGAUCCAAUUUCCUCAGGAAGUUCGGCUUGGAAGACGGCGCGGAGGCAAUGAAAAGUUAUGACAUCUACAGCGCGACGAACAGGACAGCCGCCUUCGCAGACAUGGUCGCUGACUUCGUCGUUCGCUGCCCGCUGCAGUUUUUCGCGGACGAGCUGGCCAGCCGAGGCCGCAGGGUGUUCUACUACGUCAUGAAGAGCAAACCGGCUUGGCUGGAGCACACGGAUCCGGCGUUCGACCAGAGCCUUCUUUUUGGUUUGCCUCUUGUGGAACACUCAGCGCCUCGUGACCUCGUGGCGCUCGCCAAAAACGUCAUCUACAGUUGGACUACGUUCGCGAAAACAGGGCCUCUGGUCACCAUGAGCUGCCUUCACCUCUUCGCUCUUGCUGUCCUCGCGACGUGCGGAUUCUUUUGUGCCGUGCACGCCAACAUGGAGGCGAAGCGCAUGGGCUCCGAGUUUCUGGGCAAGCGGUCGCCGUCCUCCCGACUGGACGCCUCCGACGUGCUGCCUGGAGGCUUCUGGGAGGAAGAGCUGGCCGCGCGGUCGCCCGCUGCCGCGCUGCGAGCGGCCAGGCUUCUUCGCGCCGCGGCCGGCGUGAACCGCUUCGGCGGAGGCGCUUACGACAACGACGAUGACGACGACCUCGACCUGGCCAUGGCGGCGGCCGCGGCGGCCGCGGCCAAGCAGAAGCGAAUCGGCUCCGAGUUCCUGGGCAAACGUUCCUCGCCCUCCGACCUGCUGCCCAAGCGCAUGGGCUCCGAGUUCCUCGGGCGGCGGAAACGUGACGCGUCCUACUCUUCGCCGGACGCGUAAACGAGGUACA